AGCUACGCGUUGUGUAGACGCACGGCAUCUUUUGGAGAUGUUUUAUUCAGGGCUGCUCACAGAAGGCAGUAGGAAGGAGAUGGAAAUGCGAGAGGCGGCUUCUCUGCGGCAGCAGCGGAGAAUGAAGCAGACAGUCCAGUUUAUGCACAAGGAUUCUGCAGAUUUACUUCCAAUUGACGGACUGAAGAAACUGGGCACCUCUAAGGAAACCCAACCACAUAACAUUUUGCAGAGGCGGUUACUGGAAACGAAUUUGUCCAAGUUUCGAGGAAACAAUUGUGGAACAAGAAUCCUGAAUAACAGUAUCUCAGUGCAAAGCUAUGGGUUUCAUCAGGGCAGAGAGCAGAGCCUAACAACAAGCGAGGAAGAAGACCUGAUAUGUGUGUGCUGUAAGUGCGCUGGAAAGGAGGUCAAAAUUGUAAUUGACACAGGCUGCCGAUCCAACCUCAUUACUACAGCCUGCCUGGAUAGAUUUGGCCUGAAGGAACUUGUCAAGAUAAACGAGACUGACGCAGAGACUCUCCCUUUCCCACAUAAUUUAAAACCAGUGGGUCAGAUUGAAACGCUCCCUCUAAUGAUUGGGAAGAUAAAGGUGGACUGCUCAGCAGUUGUUGUGGAGAAUGAUGUAGAAUGUAUGUCUCUGGGGUUUAGAACAUUGCGAUCCUUGAAGUGUGUAAUAGACACGAACAAGCAACACCUAGUUCUGGGCACAGUGGAAAGGGAGCAAGUUCCAUUUUCUGCUAGUAAAAGUGACAAUGAAAGCUCUCCUGAAGUGUGAAGGAUCCAAUCUUCUCAGCAAGUUAGAUAGCAUACGCUACCCGUGGCUGCCCGAUUCCUGUAAAUUUGACAGCUAGUGUUAACUACCUGUACAUGGGAGCUUAAUUAGAUUUUGCACAACCAGGGCACGAAAUGCCUUCUGACCUGAGAAGCCCAGUUUUGAUCUACGGCAGGUUAACUCCUUAAUUUGUCAUAAUUAAGUCAUAUAAUGUGGUCAUAACAUUUACAUACAAUAGCAGUCCGAAGAACGUAGCUACCAUUGAGCCACAGAAAUGCACAACAUUUCAUAAUGACAAUGUCAGAUACUCUCUUUCAUGCCCUGGGAUGUGUCACAGUUUGUGCUUUUUUUUGUAACACUAUUUAAACUGCGCAGUACAUUUCUCAAGAUCUCAAUGGUUAUGCUGCUUCUAGCGGUUUCUGCAGUUUUUAAAAUAUGUUCAUGCAUUUUAAAGCAAGACUGUAUAUACGGUAUCACUCAUGCUAGCUAAGUUAGCUUUGACACGUAACAACUUUACAGAUUAGAUGUGGCAUAUUUUAAACACCUAGAUUAAAAGUUACUGUUAAUUUGAUCAGAAUAAAAAUGAAAUGAAAACACAUUUGCAAACACUCUAAUUGACACAAUUUCCAGAUUAUGACCAUGUGUUAUUCAUUGAAACACUACAGACCCAUGUCAUUUACCUCUUGUUUGUCUUCUAGAUAGCUGGAAAUCCAUCCGUGCCCUAUGUUUUGCUAUGACUUGUAGAGAUAAUUCAGAACCAACAAGCACAGCAUUGUGGUUGAACACAAUGAUAUGGACAAGAGUGUAAAAAAAAAAUAUAUAUGUAUACUUUUACAAAAUGCCAAUAAAGUAGAAGAGUACAGCAUUUGAAAUGUAAUUUGCGAGUAUAAUGUAGAAACAAUUUCACUGCUAGAUAGUAUUUAGCUGUCCUUCAACAGAUUCAGUUUGAUGUCUUAAAAAUGAUACCAGCCCAACCUUUCCAGUUAGUGCCUGUCAUUUUUAUUGUUUAGAGACUGUUCUUUACUUGAGUAUAGGCGCCAUUUUUUAGUAGGAGUUGUGCAAGUGGCACUUUGUAUUAGUUUAAAUAUCAAUCCAUUUAUUUUUUUUGAACUGCAUGUAUUUUGAUAGCUUAAGUUUUAUGUUAUAGACCUGUGGUAAUACAAAUGUAGAUAUGUUGUUAUAAAAAAAAGUAGUUGUUUCUGUACGAACCAAAGUGCAAUCGAAGGUCAGUUUACAAAUAUUUUUUACAUCUGUGAUAAUAGGUGAAUAUUUUUUCAGAGUUCGAUCAGCAGUAACAUGGGUCUUUGAUCUUUGUACGUAGCCUGCCUAGUUUUUAACUUUCUAUUUAAAUGAAAGCAGUAUGAUUAUCAUUCCUGUUCUAUACUGUUAUAAGGAACCUGUAUAUUUGAAAUAAAAUACAUGUUUAGAUCUGCGUUGUUUCAUCAUUGAAGUAUGAUCAUUUCAAGAAAAUCCCAGAGAGCAAAAUGCUUUUUAAUAGAAGAAGUCACAAGGGAUCUGAUUUAAUUUGUUUUCUAAAUUAGUUUCCUGAAUGAAUGUCUCGCAACUGUAGGC